GCGGCAGUGAUUCCCCCCCUACGUAUCGAGUCUCUUCCCGACUCAUUCUUUCCGGUUUGGAACCCUGCGUGAAAACGUCGACAGAAAAAAAAUGGAGAACGACGCGAGAGAAUUCGUGGACCUGUACUGGCCAAGGAAAUGUUCCUCGAGCAACAGAAUCAUUCACGCCAAAGACCAUGCGUCCAUCCAGCUGACUCUUGCUGAUGUCGACCCAACUACUGGACGUAUGACUGGACAACACAAGAUGUACGCAAUCUGUGGAGCCAUUCGUCGCAUGGGAGAAUCUGACGACUGCAUCGUUCGUCUAGGCAAGAAGGACGGAAUUCUCGCUAAGAACUAUUAAUUUAUGGCUCCACCAGUUUAUUCCACAAAAUAAAAAAAAUACAAAAAAAAGACAA